UACUCAAAAUGGAUUAUUUUAUUAAGUAAAUUUGGAUGCCAAAACAAUCGGCCUUCAGCAUGAUGCUAGGACGUAAGCAAAGCCUAAAAGGGGAACCGGUGUUGGCAGACUAUGGACCGGAGGAAUCAUUGAACGAGAGCGCUGACAUUGAAUGGGUAAAUAAGCUAUGGGUACGACGUGUGAUGCGCUUUUGUGCACUUGUCAGUCUGGUUUCAGUUAGUUUAAAUACACCGAAAACGUUGGAGAAACAUCCGAUUUUACCAUAUGUUACAUUUGGUUGCGAUACAACUGUUACGUUCUUAUUUACAGCGGAAAUGAUUGCGAAGAUGCACAUUCGGGGUAUUUUGAAGGGUGAUGCACCAUAUUUAAAAGAUCAUUGGUGUCAAUUCGAUGCCAGUAUGGUAUUCUUUUUAUGGGUUUCAGUUAUUUUACAAAUCUUUGAAAUGUUAGGAAUUGUGCCACGAUUUAGUUAUCUAUCCAUAUUACGUUCACCACGGCCAUUAAUUAUGAUACGAUUUUUACGUGUAUUUUUGAAAUUUUCUAUGCCAAAAUCACGUAUUAAUCAAAUUUUUAAGCGUUCGAGUCAACAAAUCUAUAACGUAACAUUAUUUUUCUUAUUUUUUAUGUCACUUUAUGGAUUAUUAGGUGUUCAAUUUUUUGGAGAGUUAAAAAAUCAUUGCGUCUUGAAUACAACAGAUCCGAAUUACAUAACGAUAAAUAGCUUAGCAAUACCUGAUACAUUUUGUUCAAUGGAUCCAAAUUCAGGAUAUCAAUGCCCCGAAGGAAUGAAAUGUAUGAAAUUAGAAUUAUCACGUUAUAUAAUGGGUUUUAAUGGAUUCGAUGAAUUUGCUACGAGUAUUUUUACGGUUUAUCAAGCAGCGUCACAAGAAGGCUGGGUAUUUAUAAUGUACAGGGCAAUUGAUUCGUUACCAGGAUGGCGUGCUGUCCUAUAUUUCAGUACAAUGAUUUUCUUCUUAGCAUGGCUUGUGAAGAAUGUAUUUAUUGCUGUAAUUACUGAAACAUUUAAUGAAAUACGUGUGCAGUUCCAACAAAUGUGGGGUGUGCGUGGACAUAUACAAAGCAGUACUGCAUCACAGAUUUUAACAGGUGACGAUACCGGUUGGAAAUUAGUUACAAUCGAUGAAAAUAAACACGGUGGUAUGGCCCCAGAAAUAUGCCAUAAUAUUUUACGUUCACCACAUUUCCGUUUAAUUGUAAUGGUCAUAAUAUUGGCAAAUGGUAUUGUAACCGCAUCGAUGCAUUUUAAACAUGAUGGCCGACCAAGACAUGUUUUCUAUGAGAAAUAUUACUAUAUUGAAGUAGUCUUUACAAUAUUUUUGGAUUUGGAAACGCUGUUUAAAAUGUGGUGUUUAGGAUGGCGUGGCUAUUAUAAACAUUCGAUACAUAAAUUUGAACUGUUGUUGGCGAUUGGGACAACAGUUCAUAUUAUUCCAAGUUUUUAUUUGUCUGUAUUUACAUAUUUUCAAGUAUUGAGAGUGGUUCGAUUGAUAAAAGCAUCACCAUUAUUAGAAGAUUUCGUUUAUAAAAUUUUUGGUCCUGGUAAAAAAUUAGGCAGUUUAAUUAUAUUCACAAUGUGUUUAUUGAUUAUAUCAUCAAGUAUAUCAAUGCAAUUAUUCUGUUUCUUAUGUGAUUUUACAAAAUUCGAAAGUUUUCCCGAAGCAUUUAUGUCUAUGUUCCAAAUUCUAACGCAAGAAGCAUGGGUUGAAGUUAUGGAUGAAACUAUGUUACGUACCCAAGAGACCUUAGCACCAUUGGUUGCAAUUUAUUUUAUUUUGUACCAUUUAUUUGUCACACUAAUUGUGCUCAGUUUGUUCGUGGCAGUAAUUUUAGAUAAUUUGGAAUUGGAUGAAGACAUCAAGAAAUUAAAACAAUUGAAAUUUCGUGAGCAAAGUGCAGAAAUUAAGGAAACAUUACCAUUUCGAUUACGAAUCUUUGAGAAAUUUCCAGAUAGUCCACAAAUGACCUCUCUACAUCAUGUUCCGUCUGAUUUCACUUUACCAAAGGUUCGAGAAAGUUUCAUGCGUCAAUUUGUUUACGAAGUAGAAGACGAUGAAUCCGCUGAUGGUGUUAGUAAAAAGCUGAGCGAGGAAAUUUUUGAUUCAAAGGUUGUUUAUCGAAAACAAAAGCCUUUUAAAAUGAUUAACGAUUUACCAAAAGUACGAAGUGCGCCUACGAAAUUACGAAAAGCUGUUAUUACUCACAUUAUAAAUGAUUCGAAUAAUCAACGUUUAAUGUUGGGUGAUUCUUCAAUGAUUCCAGUACCUGGGGGGAAAGGUCCUUUAAAACCACAAGGUACUAUAAGUAGUGUUAAACAACUUCGAAUAGAUCAGAAAAAAUUUGGUUCACGAUCAAUUCGUAGAAGUGUUCGUAGUGGUUCCAUAAAAUUGAAACAAACUUAUGAACAUUUAAUGGAAAAUGGUGAUAUUGGUGCAAUGAAUCGGGUGAGUUCUGCACGAGCAAGACCACACGAUUUGGAUAUUAAAUUGUUGCAAGCGAAACGACAACAAGCUGAAAUGCGUAGGAACCAACGUGAAGAUGACUUGCGUGAAAAUCAUCCAUUUUUCGAUACACCUUUAUUUGCUGUUCCAAGAGAAAGCAAGUUUCGUAAAAUAUGUCAGCUUAUUGUUUAUGCUCGAUACGAUGCACGUUUAAAAGAUCCAUUAACUGGCAAAGAGCGUAAAGUGCAGUAUAAAAGUUUACAUAAUUUUCUGGGACUAGUAACAUAUUUGGAUUGGGUUAUGAUUACCAUGACAACGUUAUCAUGUUUAUCAAUGAUGUUUGAGACACCAAGUUAUAGAGUCAUGGAGAAUGUUGCUUUACAAGUGGCUGAAUAUGGUUUUGUCAUCUCAAUGAGUUUGGAGCUAGCAUUAAAAAUUUUAGCAGAUGGAUUAUUUUUCACACCAAAAGCGUAUAUUAAGGAUGUUGCGUCUGUCUUAGAUGUUUUCAUUUAUAUUGUGAGUUUGGUAUUUCUGUGUUGGAUGCCACAUCAAGUCCCACCAAAUUCUCCAGCUCAACUCAUAAUGAUUCUACGCUGUGUUCGUCCGUUGAGAAUAUUUACACUAGUGCCACAUAUGCGAAAAGUUGUUUACGAACUGUGUCGAGGUUUCAAAGAAAUUUUAUUGGUAUCCACAUUACUUAUUUUACUAAUGUUCGUAUUCGCCAGCUACGGUGUACAGCUAUAUGGUGGCCGUUUAGCUCGUUGCAAUGACCCAACAAUUAUCCGACGUGAAGAUUGUGUUGGAGUAUUUAUGCGACGUGUAUUUGUCACAAAAAUGAAACUAAAACCAGGUGUAAAUGAGUCUUAUCCAUCAAUGUUAGUUCCAAGAGUAUGGGCAAAUCCACGAAGAUUUAAUUUUGAUAAUAUUUACGAUGCUAUGUUAGCUUUAUUCGAAGUAUUGUCCUUCAAAGGAUGGUUAGAUGUUCGAGAUGUCUUACUGAAGGCACUUGGGCCAGUUCAUGUCAUUUAUAUCCAUGUUUACAUAUUUUUGGGUUGUAUGAUUGGCCUAACGUUAUUCGUCGGUGUUGUAAUUGCUAACUAUUCGGAGAAUAAAGGAACAGCUUUGUUAACUGUUGACCAAAGGCGUUGGUGUGAUUUAAAAAAGCGAUUAAAAAUUGCUCAACCAUUACACCUACCACCGAGGCCGGAUGGAAAAAAGUUUCGUGCAUCGAUCUAUGAUAUAACACAAAAUUUAACUUUUAAACGAAUAAUUGCAGUUAUGGUCCUAAUUAAUAGUAGUCUAUUAGGGGUCUCUUGGAUUAAAGAGGAAGAACAUACUGAACCGUUAGCAUUAAUUAGUACAAUAUUAACAUUGGUAUUUGUAGUGGAAGUUGUUAUGAAAAAUAUUGCAUUUACACCACGCGGUUAUUGGCAAUCGAGACGAAAUCGUUAUGAUUUGCUUGUUACAGUUUUGGGAGUUAUUUGGAUUAUUAUUCAUUCAUCAUUAAAAAAUGAUUUAUCAUAUUUUAUUGGUUUUAUGGUUGUUGUUUUACGAUUCUUCACAAUUACUGGAAAACAUGCCACACUCAAAAUGUUAAUGUUAACCGUAGGAGUUUCAGUAUGUAAAAGUUUCUUUAUUAUUUUUGGAAUGUUUUUAUUGGUAUUCUUUUAUGCCUUGGCUGGUACAAUUCUUUUUGGGACUGUUAAAUAUGGAGAAGGAAUUGGAAGGCGAGCAAAUUUUGAAUCACCUGUUACGGGUGUUGCCAUGUUAUUCCGUAUUGUUACUGGUGAAGAUUGGAAUAAAAUAAUGCAUGAUUGUAUGAUUCAACCGCCAUAUUGUACGCCAGCAGAUAAUUAUUGGGAAACAGAUUGUGGCAAUUUUAGUGGCUCGUUGAUAUACUUUUGUACAUUUUAUGUUAUAAUCACAUAUAUUGUGCUAAAUUUACUCGUGGCUAUUAUCAUGGAGAACUUUUCAUUAUUUUAUUCGAAUGAAGAAGAUGCAUUGCUAUCAUAUGCUGACAUCCGGAACUUUCAAAAUACAUGGAAUGUUGUGGAUAUACAUCAAAGAGGUGUUAUACCUGUUCGUCGCGUGAAAUUUAUUUUAAGAUUAUUAAAAGGAAGGCUUGAAGUUGAUCCACAGAAAGAUCGUCUUCUUUAUAAACAUAUGUGUUACGAAUUGGAAAGAUUACAUAAUGGAGAAGAUGUAACGUUCCACGAUGUUAUCAACAUGUUAUCAUAUCGAUCUGUUGAUAUUCGAAAAGCUUUACAAUUAGAAGAAUUACUUGCAAGAGAAGAGUUUGAAUACAUUAUUGAAGAAGAAGUUGCCAAACAAACAAUUCGAACAUGGCUUGAAGGUUGUUUGAAGAAGAUUCGGGCAACAAAUAAACAACAAAAUAGUUUAAUUGCUGGAUUAAGGGCAACCAAUGAAAUGAAUGUGGCCAAUGUAAAUAAUGAUCAUGUUGAAGAAAAAAAAGAAAGUAGUCUAGAUAGGGAAAGUCUAACUGAUCCAAAGGAAACGCAGGAAGGAAUCCGAUUAAGAAAGAAAACAGCUCCACUUCCACGAUCAGACAGCAUUGGCAGUGGAUCAGGUCGAAAAUAUUUAGCACCAACAUUAUCCGAUCCAGCUACACGACCCGAUAAAGAACGAUUAACAACGAAAAAGAAAAAUAAUCGUACACCAGGAUCGUUACUUGUCAAGCAUUUUUCACUGACGCAGGGUGCACCUUUAUCGGGUUCCGUACAUAAUUCAUUGCAGAAUAUUUCAGAAGCAAUUGUUAAGAACAAUUUACCACAUGUAACAGAAGGUACAGAAGUGCGUACAACAUCCAGCAGAGAGAUACCAGCCAAAGCCACAUUACCAAAAAUGUCGAAUACAUUACAUGAAGUACGCGAUUGGUGGCACGAACAAUUAUCUUAUGCACAUUCUAGUGAUGACGAUUAAAUUCACUUGGUUUUU